AUGCUGCGGACCCGGAUUGACAUGUUGGAGCGUGUGCUGCAUUCCCACGGGAUAGACCCAGAUGUGGCUAUCCAGGCCAUCACUGCAAACGAUGAACCUGACACCAAAUCCGAGGAAGAAUGGAGUCCACCCACUUCCAAGGUCGAUGAGCUGUGUGCCACCUUUGACGGUGCACUGACGCUGGACGAGUCGUUGAACUUUGACCAGGAUGGUGAGGUGCGAUAUUUCGGACCAACAAGUGGGCGUUUGCUGUUUCAAUCCUCAUUGCAAGGCCCAUCAAACAAUGACUUGUAUCAGUCAGACAGGUUACCUACUGGAUCCUGUAGUAUGCAGGCCCCUGUACCGACCGAGUUGCCGGAAGACAGCUUGGUAUCGGAGGAACUCAGAUCCCACUUAAUCGACUUGUACUUUGAGUGGGAGCAGCCUUGGUUCCAAGUAGUAAACGAAACACUGUUUCGGGAAUCUAUGAAGAAUGGAGGGCGAUACUUCAGCAAGCUUUUACUCAACUCCAUUCUCGCGGUGGGAUCGCGAUAUUCCGAUCGUCUCGAGGUGAGGGCGGAUCCAAGUGACCCAAACACGGCCGGCAAGAUAUUUCUCGAACGAGGGGAAAGUCUCAUCCAGAAUGAGCUCAGAUGGCCCAACAUCACCACGAUCCAGUCACUGGCGAUCAUGGGAAUGGCUUACAUCGCGAUAGGCUCUGAUGCUGCUGGAUGGCUCCAUCAAGGCACAGCUAACCGACUUGCUCUCGAUAUGGGACUCAAUAUGGAUCCUUCAGUGCUCUCGGGGGCAGUAGCACUUCCCCUAAUUGAGAUCGAGUUGCGCAGGCAAAUCUACUGGGCCCUCUAUUGCCACGACAAAUUGUCCGCUAGUUACACCGGGAGGGUGUGCACUGUACUGGAAUCCCAAGGGGUUGUUCACAAACCAUAUCCCCCAUGUGCCUCAAAUGAACGUCUCCCUUCUGCGAGCGGCAAUGGCAAAUUGCGAGCGGCCUCACCCAGGGAUGUAGUGAAGCUGCACAGGGCGAUGAUUGACCUCUGUCGCAUAUUCGAGAAGGUUCUGGUCUCACUUUGGUCCCCCAAGCCACUUCUACAAGCUAAACAACGAUCUGCAUUCUUUGAAUCUUGCGUGCUUGAACUCCGAACUUGGUACUAUGACCUCGCUCCUGAGUUGAAAAUUGACCGUCCAUCAGGACCUUCCAACUUCCCCCACACGUACGCUCUCUGCAUGGUUUACCACACUGUGUGUAUGUUGCUUUGCGUGCCCUUUCUGGGAAACAGGUACAAUGCGCAAAAGGGAUUCGCUACUGAUCCAUGCACACAAGAAGCCACAGGCCACAACGCUCCACAGAGUAGCUGCGGGCGGAAAGCAUUGACGAUUUGCCACAACUCAGCACGGGGAGUAUGUAUCGUGGCGCAGAAAUACAGACAGAAGUUUGGCACCUUCAGGCUCAGUCCGAUCACCCCAACACACUGCAUUCUCUCGGCUGCGUUGAUCAUCAUUGAGAAAUGCCAUUCUGACCCGAACAAGAAGAAUGGCACAGGGAUCCAAACCUCUGUAGGCCCUUCACCACAGACUGCAGUGGGACUUUGCCUUCAAGUUUUACGAGAGCUUUCCACGUCUUGGGAUAUUGCAAAGCGGAUAGGACGCAAUCUAGAGAAAUUGUAUUGCCGGCAACUGGACUGCGAUGUCGAUCAUAUGCCAGCUGCCCCUUCGUUGGAAUGCCAAAUUCCAUGUGCCAAUCUAUCCCAGCCUACCGACCUCAACGUUUGUGCAGGGUAUCCCACUCCACAAUGCGACCCAAACCUCCAUCAUCUUGAUCCAAAUUACCCUCAAGCUCAAGAUGUCUGGCAGCCUCCCCCAACAGCCAAUUUCGACUGGCUUGACGCCUCAACCCCGAGAAACUUUUACGAAGCCCCAGUGAGCAAUAUCGACGGGUCAGCGGCCAUUCCUAACCACAGCGAGCUCUUUGUCAAUAAUCUAGGAUUUGCAUUUUCUGCUGAUUCUCUGCCGAGUGAUUACACCAUGUAUGACACUCUCAAUCAGAUGUAUUCCGAAAUUCUGUGGUGA